GUAUCACUUAUCGAUACAAGCUUCAAUAAAAAAUAUUAUAUAGCGAACUAAAAGAUAAUCGUAUCUUAAUGACAUGAUAACAUUCUGUAGUGCAUAUCUCGUGAAAAAGAGAUAAGGUGACAACAUUUCGGAUAAUCCGUUAUGUCAAGAGAAAUAUGGGAUUAUUCGGCGGAUUCAGGGCUAAGUUCACAAAGAACAGUAAAGAAAAGAAGAAACAUGAACAGGUGGUGUGCGUCAGUUACAUUUUCAGUGAAUUUGACAGCAAAAGUCCAGAACCUUCGACCGGUCGAAGACCACGACCGACAAGUGUGCGCCUAGAAAAAAAUGAAGUGAAGUUACCGGAUAUAUCGCAUAAAAGCAAAUCCUUGGAACGCUUACCACCACCCUCUUUUCCAAAACCUCCAGCUCCCCAACCAAGGGGUUCACCUCCACCUGUUCCAAGGCAUUCACCCUUACUUGUACCACGACACUCACCACCACCUUUGCCCAAAAGUCCCCCACCGAUUUUGCCAAAGAAACAAUCAUCUGCACCUUAUUAUAGCCUGCCUCCACCUUUGCCAACGAGUCAAAAUGAAGGAGAAUAUAUUGAGGUGACGGACCACAGCGAUCGAGUGAGCAAGCGAGUUUCAUUUGACAGCAAUGAUUCAGGGCAGGAAAUCCCUCAGGAUGAUCAGAUUGUAGAAUACAUUGAAAUUAAGGAUAUUGAAGAGAACAGAUACGAAGUUAUUCCAAAGCACCCGAAGUCCAUACUCAAGGCAACGAAAAACGUAGAGGAUGACGACGAAGUAAGGGACAUUUUCGACAACAAAGAUAUUCAAAAUGAAGAAAAGAAUACCAGAUUCUCGGAUCAAUCACCCCUAAUUUUCAUGUCACAAAGCGACAGUGAAACUGAUAGUGAUAUAAAAAAUGAAGAAUCUGGCGAAAAUAACCUUGAGCAUAUUAUCCGUUGCAUGAAAAAUGAUAGUUCAAAGGAAAUACAGUCAGACAGUUUCGAGGUAGACCACUCUCAGAUCCAGGAUUUUGAUGAUUACAACGAAGAUUUUAAAGUUAACAUAGUUGCACAUGACCCCGAAAUGAAGUUUUCUUUUUCUGAGGACGAGUUAUCAGAGGACCUUGACAUAACCACAAAUGAGGAGGGCGACUACGAAUUGGUAGGUUACAGUAGCCAUGCAGCCAGCAUAUUUUUUGGAGAUUUCCCACCAAAGCCUAAACCUAGAAAACUUAUGUUGACAGAGGGUGAUCGAAACAGUGCAGAAGGAGAAUGUUAACAGAAAAAAAUAGGUUCAGAUAAAGUGUUAAUGUAUUUAUUGUAAAUUUUCCAUACAUUGCUUUUAAGGAAGUGAAAAGUCGUAAAUACAAUAUUGUGUGUAAUUGCUUUUUUGCAUAUGUGAGUAGGGCUAUGGAUUAUAAUAAUCACAUUGAUAAGUAAAUAGGGAAAACAUGACAGAUAUUAGUAUAUGGCAAUAUAUAAAUUAAGAUGAAAUAAAAAAAGUGUUAAACAUUGCCUCUAUUAUCUUUGACGCCAGGAACAAGCUUCUUGCUUACUUCUGCAUAUGGAGCCUCUUCCAGUUUAUACAGUUUAUUGUUGCAUAACUUUAAGAUUCGAUAGAACUUUUAAAAUUAAUGCAUAAAGUCUAUAUAAACAUGGGUCGAAAAAUGCGAGGCUUCCGAAAUACAGG